CCACCAUAAAAUUGGUUUUUUGACAUUUUGUACAAUCUCAGGGCAAACAAAAAAAAAAUGUCAUACACCACUUUGUCGAUUGUUUGUUUAUUUUGUGAAAGACAAUUGGCUUAAUUAAUCCAACCAAUCACCCAAUCCGAACAAAUUGAACACUUUUCCGUCAUCAAGCGAAAUUAUUUAACGAAUUUUACAAUGGCUGAAUGCUCAAGUGAUUCGAAAAACGAGCACAAUCAUACCAACGGCAACAAGGACAACGAUGAUGAGUUCUGCGAUCAAUUUCGAUAUUUUGCCAUUUCUACCUGCUGCAUUUGCAAUGGCUAUUACGGCCCAAAUUUCGGCGAACCACUGUGUGGUACUUGUCAUGCGUUCCUAUUCUCCGUACAGCCGCAAGUGGGCAUCGAAGAGCAGUCAGUGAUACCAUCCGACGAUGAAGAUUCGGGUAACGACGAGCCGCCAUACAGUGUGAACGAUCGUCAGGAUCGCGAUGAUCUGGAAGCCGAACUACCUGAAGAAGUGAGCGAAAAUGAGCAGGAGGAAAAUGAGUUCGAAUUGGAACCGAGACCCGAGCCAGCACCACUACCGAAUGUUAACCAUUACAUCAAUCUACUGUCGAAUCCUCAUGACAAUAACAAAUCGGACAAAAAUAUCGACGCAUUGCCGGUUGAAGUCCUCCUGAAAAUAUUUUCGUAUCUCGACGACAUUUCGUUGUGCAAUGCAAGCGGUGUAUGCAAGCAAUGGCGAAAAAUCUUAGAGACUCAUACGCCGCAGUCAAUGUGGAAGAAGUACACAAAGGAAAGGUGGCCACUAUUCCAGCACGUUGGCUUCGUGUCGAAUUGGUUUCAGGUCUAUUUAUCUCUAAUGUCAUCCUGUUUCUGUCGCACUUGCGUCAUUCAAAUGGCACUAAAGACUCCAUUUCAAAGUGUGAAUCACUUGCGAUCGGAACGUCUGCUCGACGAUAUACGCUCAUUGGAUGUUGAUGCUACGGAAGGGAUCGAUGCUGUUCCUCUCGAUCACCAGCUGUCACAUUGGCAAGCCUCAAUCAAAGGACCGAUGGGCAGUCCGUACGAGGGAGGAAAAUUCUUUCUUUACAUAGUCAUACCGUCAAACUAUCCUAUGCUUCCGCCAACGGUACGCUUUCUAACAAAAAUAUUUCAUCCGAAUGUAUCCCGUCACGGCGAUGUUGGCAUCGACAUCAUUCAGCACAAUUGGCUGUUAUCGUUGACAAUAUCAAAGAUUCUGCUGUCGGUUCAAAGCUUACUCACCGAUCCUUUUACAGAGAUAUGCAUGGAACCAGAGUUGGGAAAAAUGUAUGAAAACGAGAGACCAAAGUUCGAAGCAUUAGCUCGGAGGUGGACGUGUAAAUACGCUAAGUUAGAGUUAAAUAUAGUGAAGCCAUCUUAAUUAUUUUCAGAGGAAUAAACACAGUAAUUCUAUGCAAACAAAAAAA